AUGGGCAUCUACGACGCAAAUAAAGACAAGGUCGAAGACCAAGGAGACGUGAAGAUCAACUCAGUCAGUGCCGGGUCACCACUUGACAGUCUUCAGGAUUUAAACGGGGGCCUCAACGGUCUCCACGAUGGUUUACAGAAAACGCUUUCGUUAACAAAUGACCUCACAUUGAAUGCAUUGGGGAAGCUCCGUGGUAUUGGCGACGGAUGGAACUCCCUUCUGGAUGCCUGGGACCCUCGGAAUGACGGCCAGAUUCCAUUGUUGGGGCCGGGGCUGCUUUCCCCAAGAGUACUCCAUAAGCCGAACGAGAUGGUCAGCAGAGGUAUUCCGCCUCCCGAGAUCUACGAGGAAUGCACCAAGGCUGAGGGGCUGUCUCUCUGGGACCAGCAGGGCCUGUGGCACUGUCUUUUCCCACGGAGCAAGAUUCCGUACGACUACGGCACUGGGGAGUCGCAUGCGUUUGGAGUGGGCCCUAGUGAGGCAAAGGAACUUGUCUCGAGAGAAGACGUUGAACAGGACACCGAAAACAAGCAUGGCCUCUUUUUCAAGAAUCUGGAGGACAUGCUUGGCUGGCAGGCAAGCAUGAAGCGGGCAGUUGCCGAGCAGAGACGCAGACAGUGGUCUGAUUGGGAAGCGAAGGAGAAAGCCAAGUGGAACGUCUGGAAGUCCAACAGCAGCUCCGGUGGUGCAGACGGUAGCUCUGGCGACGAUAAUGGCAAAGAGGUCGUCGGAAGAGAGACAGAGACACGCAUGGUUACGCUUGACAACGGUGAUUUCCAGCGGACGACGACCCAGCGCCGGGUCUACUCGGACGGUACUAGCCGUAUCUGGGAGAAGACCGAGGUUGUUGGUCCGGACGGAACUAUCAAGAAGAGCGAGUAG